AUGCUAUUAUUUAAAAAGGUGAAUUCAAAAGUGUCAAGUAUAAACAAUUAUUUACAAAAGUAUUUAGAAUCAAACCAAUUUGAAAAAAACUUAAAAGAAGCUUUAAAUAAUAAAAAUUAUGGUGUAUCCAAUAGUCUUUUAUAUGACUUAUCAAUAUCAACAUAUGAUGCUACAUAUUACAAAAGAGUAAUAAGUGAAGUGUUUAAAGCAAUACAAGAGAAACCAUCAAAAUGGCGACGAAUAUAUAAGGGAUUACGACUUUGUGAAUAUGUGAUGAAAAAUGGAUGUGAAUAUUUUAUUAGUGAUGUGAAAGAAAAAGAAGAAUUAAUAAAAAAGCUAGCUCAUUUUACAUAUUUGGAAAAUUUAAGAGAUAAAGGAGUAGGAAUAAGAGAAAUAUCAAAUAACAUAUUAAAUUUAUUAAGAGACAAUAAAUAUUUAAGAAAUGAACGAAUUGAAGCGGCAAAAUAUGCAAAUUUAUGCACAAAUAUAGAAUCAAAAGUAGUGGAAAAAAAAAGUUUUUUUUUAAAUAAAAAAAAGAAAAAAGAAAAAAAUCAAGAUGAAAAUAAUAAAAGAACUUAUUUUAAUUCAGGAAAUAAUAAUAAAUAUGGUCCACAAAAAGAAUCAUUAGAUCAAAUAAAAUAUGAAAGAUAUGAAAAUGAUGACGAUUAUUAUGCUAAUCGUCAUAUAGAAUCUUCACAAUAUAGAAAUAGAAACUAUAACAAAAAUUCGAUCAAUUAUUCACAAAAAUCAAGUAUUAAUGAUAAUACAGAAAAUAGUACUUAUAGUAGUAGUGAUAGUAGUAGUAGUAGUAGCGAAAGUAGUAGUGAAAAUAGUAGUGAUAAUGAAUUGCCAAAUUAUAAAUCACGUCGAAAUAUAUCAAAAAAAAAAGAUAAAAAAACAAACAAUUUUUAUUCUAAAAGAUCAAAAGAUAUGAAAAGUUCUUCAAGAUCAAAAUCUCAAAGUAUAUCUUCAAUAUCUCAUUCAAAACAAUCAGAUAAUAAUUCAUCACCUGAAGAUUCAAGCACUUCUUCCGAUUCUACAUCUAAACCACGAUCAACAUCAUCAUCAUCUUCUUCUUCUUCUUCGUCUUCUUCUAAUAAUAAUUCGUCUAAAAAAUAUUCAAACUCUGACAAUUCGAGUUAUUAUUCUCGACGCAGACACCGCCAAAUAGAUAAAGGUGAUAAAUCACGCAGUUGGAAAAGGGAAGUAUCAGAUAGAAUUCGAUAA